AUGACAACUCUUGUCAACGAAAUGUCAGGCCAACAGACCCCACCGGUGGAGCCUAUCGCCAUUAUUGGCAUGGCUUGUCGUUUUGCCGGCGAUGCAACAAACCCGUCGAACCUCUGGAACGUGCUUUCUAAGGGCCGCACAGGAUGGAGCGGAAACGCGGGAAAUCGAUUCAAAAUGGAUGCAUUCUGGCAUCCAAAACCAGACAUCAGCGGGACAUUCAAUACUCGAGGUUUUCAUCUUCUUAAGCAGGAUCCAGCGGUGUUCGAUAACGACUUUUUCGCUAUCAACGGCGUCGAGGCCAAGGCUAUGGAUCCUCACCACCGAAUGAUGCUCGAGGUCGCGUAUGAAACAUUUGAAGAUGCAGGGAUUGCAUUGGAAGAAUUGGAAGGAUCCAAUACGGGGGUAUACUGCACAGGUAGCCCACAUGAUUAUGAUUCUAUGCUAAGCCGGGAUCCCGAAUCAUCUCCGAAAUAUCGCUUUACGGGAACUGGGCCUUCAUUUACUGCUAAUCGCGUGUCUGCCCACUAUGCGAUUCAUGAGGCCUGUCAAGCACUUCGUGCUGGUGAUGUCGACCAGGUUCUGGUAGGUGGUGCCAAUUUGAUUUUGGAUCCGGAACGCACCGCCAUAAUGGCGUCGUUGCAGGUCCUGUCCGAUCAUGGUCGUUCUUAUGCUUUUGAUGAAAAGGCAAACGGAUAUGGCCGAGGCGAAGGGGUGGCCGCCGUGAUGCUGAAACCAUUGAACGUAGCCCAACAAAAUGGAGACACCAUCCGAGCCGUUAUUAGGGGUACUGCGAUCGGUGCUGACGGAAGAACGCACGGCAUCACGAUGCCGUCUUUGGAUGCGUACCAAAAAGUUAUUUGGAAAGCAUACAGACAGGCCCGCCUCGACCCCAAGGAUACGCCAUUUGUCGAAGCCCACGGCACUGCGACACCUAUGGGAGACAAGGUAGAGGCAGAGGCCGUCGCAAAGAUCUUCUGCCAAGGUCGAAUGAAAGACACCGAACUGCUUUUGGGCAGUGUGAAAGCAAAUCUUGGCCACACGGAGUUAAUUUCAGGAAUUGCAAGUAUCAUCAAAGGGAUUUUGAUGCUGGAAAAUGGGAUGAUUCCACCAAACCCGACUUUUACUCGGGCUAGGGAAGACCUCCAAUUGACCGAGUCAGGCAUAAGGGUUCCCACCAAGCUUCAGCAAUGGCCAGAAGGUCUACCGCGACGAGUCUCCAUCAAUAGUAAUGGAUAUGGAGGGACACCCGCACAUGUAAUCCUUGAAGUCGCGCCUGCCCAGUCCCCAAGAUCGGCCUCUGUACAUAGGCCCUUGCUCGUUGUUUUGAGCCAUAAACGCGAUCAAGGGCUUGUGGCGGCUGCGAAGAAAUUGAGGCGAUUUCUGUCUGAUAUCAAGCCAGAGCAGGGAAAGGAAUAUUCUUUUCUCGGUGAUCUUGCCUUUACCCUUGGUACCAAACGCUCACAUCAUUCGUACAAAGCAAGUUUUGUGGUAUCUUCCAUCACCGAGCUUCAGGAUCGUUUGGACCGCAUUACCACAAGCGUUGACCAUCCAACAAAGUCAGCCUUGCGACCAAAAGUCCAAUAUGUUUUCACCGGACAAGGUGCUCAAUGGGCCGGGAUGGGUCGCGACCUCAUAGCACUGUACCCUGUCUUUGCCCGUUCCAUUCAAGCAUCUGAGCGGGAAAUCAUCCGCUUGGGCGGGUCGUGGUUUCUCACCACUGAAAUUACCUGCCAUGGAGAUAUAUCUCGACUCUCUGAUGCGGAGUUUGCCCAACCUUGCAGCACUGCCAUUCAGAUUGCUUUGGUAGAUCUUUUGGAAUCAUGGGGCAUUCGCCCGGACUUGGUUUGCGGGCAUUCGAGCGGAGAGAUUGCAGCAGCAUAUGCGGCCAAACAUCUCACCGCCCAAGAUGCGAUAAAGGUGGCCUUCCUCCGUGGUCUAAUGACGAAAUCUAAGGCGCCGAAUAUUUCUGGUGCCAUGCUGGCCGUAUCUGUUGGCGACGUACGGGCACGGGAAUACGUUGCGCGGGUAGGCGAACCGAUAGCACUUGCCUGCAUCAACAGCCCGUCAAGUGUGACUCUAUCUGGGGAAAGAGCUCAUCUAGAGAUACUCGAAUCGCAGCUCAAAGAGGAAGGCAUAUUCACUCGAUUCCUGGAUGUGGAUUUUGCUUAUCAUUCGCCCUACAUGAGUCAUGCAGCCGAGGGGUACCAGUCUCUUAUACAACACAUUGCUCCGCUGCCAGCCGGGGAUACCGCCAUCAAGAUGAUAUCCUCGGUUACGGAAGAGGAAAUACAGCCUAAUGAGCUUGAUGCUAGCUACUGGGCAAGAAGCAUGAUAUCGCCAGUUCGAUUCUCUGGUGCCCUUUCCAAUAUCCUGAAGCGUAGUACAGAGACGCCUUCCGACUUAAACAUAGUCAUUGAACUUGGUCCACAUCCAGCGCUCCGCACACCGAUCAUGCAGGUAAUAGGAUCGACCGGUUUGGGAAGUCAGGCAAUCUACCUUUCCACUUUAUCUCGACAAAAAAAUGCUGUAGCAACAACCCUCGACCUGGUGGGAAGGCUCUUUCUCCAUGGUGUCAACAUCAACCAUGACAUGGUCAACAACCCAACGCAAGAGACACCACAGAAGGUCCUACAUGACCUACCAACAUACCAGUGGCAUCAUGAAACAUCUUACUGGGGUAUGUCUCGUAGGAGCGACGCCUACAGGCUGCGCAAAUUCCCACGGCAUGAUCUUUUGGGCCUCAGAACUGAGGACAGCGUCGACGUGGAGCCUAUCUGGCGGAAUCAUCUGCGUCAUUCCGAGCUACCGUGGCUGAAAGACCACCGCAUCCAAGGACAGAUCCUAUUCCCUGUAGCUGGGUACAUCACCAUGAUAGUAGAAGCCUUGCAGCAACAGUCUCUUACAACUGGCCACACCUUCCGAGACAGGCAUAUCUACUUCAGACAAGUUUCGAUUCAGGUUCCCGUCGUAAUCGCAGAAGAUUCAGAGCAGAUCGAGACCUUAGUACAGGUGCGGCCCGCGUCCUAUUCCUGGAAGGAUAAUUCAGAAAUAUGGCAGGAGUUCCGUGUUUUCUCCCUCAAUGGCAGUGAGUCCACAGAGCAUUGUCGAGGCCUUGUGGCUGUUUUCGAAGAUACGCUACAACGUGAAGAUGCUGGAUUUGGGAUCCACUUAUUCACCGAUGACUCGGGGCAUGGAAAUUCCGCCGAGGCACUUUCUUGGCGAGAAGUCAAGCUUGAGCAGUUUUAUAAGGAAUUGGCUGCUAUAGGUCUCGAAUAUUCAGGGCCUUUCACAUCUAUGCAGACAGGUCGAUCUCGUGAUCUUCAGGGGCUCUCUACUAUUCAAAUUCCAGACACCGGCUCGGGCAUGCCAUUCAGCCAUCAAAAGACCCAUCUCAUCCACCCUGCUACACUCGACUCGUGCUUCCAUACUGCUUUCCUCGGCAUGAAAGCCUCGAGUGAGCUCAAUUCUACUUGCAUAAUUGAGUGGCUUGAUGAGCUUCACCUAUCAUCGAAUAUUGCCUCACAGCCGGGAAGCAUCCUUACGGUGGAAGCGCAGGUUUGCAGCCAUGGUACUUCACGAUUCAAGGCCGAAAUUAUCGCUAUGGACCCGGAUAACCGAGAAGGCGCGGCGGUUCUCCAUGCAAAGGGGGUCUCCUUUGUCCCGUUGAGUGAUGCGCCUACGGAUACGAAAUCUUCACGAACGAAGGCACCAUUCUGCCGAAUUCAGUGGAGCUUAGAUCCGACUUUGUCAACCAGUCAAGACGUACUCAGCCACUGUCUCCUAAAGCCUCCCCAAAUUUUGCCUGACUUCAGAUCUACGCUCGAUGAGUACUGUCGUGUCAUUAUUCGUCAGACAUUGGAUGGUCUGUCUACAGAAGAUGAACAGAAGAUAGUGGACCAUCGACAUCAACUGCUCCAGUGGAUGCGUUCCCAAUACGUCGAAUGCACAUCAAAUCCUGACAAAGAGCUGCAGAGCCGCAUAGAUGCCUCCGGCGUCUCGGGAAAGUUGCUGUCUCAACUCCAACCACACCUGCAUGACUUCCUGCUAGGAGAUAUCGACGCCCUGGAGAUUCUUUUCCAGAAUGAUCUGGCCGAUGAAAUCUAUUCAGAAGAUAUCCUGCUUAAAAUUUGCCAAGAGCAACUGGCCAAAUAUGUUGAGUUGGCUAAUUUCAAAGCACCGGAUAUGCGUAUUCUGGAGAUAGGGGGUGGUACUGGCGGACUGACCCUCCCUCUUGCCCAAGCUCUAUUUGGGGACGCUGAUUCUGACGGUAGAGGGACAUAUGUCUUCACAGAUAUAUCUACCGCAUUUUUCACUCGUGCCAAAUCUAAGCUAGGAAAGCUUGGGUCUUUUUUGGAGUACAAAAAACUUGAUAUCGAGGUAUCUCCUGAAGAGCAAGGAUUCGAGCCCGAGUCCUUUGAUCUGGUUGUUGCGUCUAAUGUACUUCACGCGACGCAAAUCAUGGAUCAAACUCUCGUUCAUAUUCGUAAACUUUUGAAACCGACCGGAAAAAUUGCGAUUGUUGAAGUAACGAAUCCCUCUUUGCGAUUCGGUUUCUGGGGCUGUUUACCGGGCUGGUGGCGUGGUUAUAAGGAUGAUCGUGACCUGUCUCCACUUCUCAGCACAGCUGGAUGGGACAAGGCAUUGAAGAACGCUGGAUUCUCCGGCGUGGAUCUUGAGAUGAAAGACAUUUGCACGCACCAGCACGAGUUCAGCACGAUCAUAUCUGCUAAGAUACAAUUGGAGGGGAUUGACUCGCAGGACGAGGUCAAGAUCGUGACAAUGGAUCAGGAAAACGGGGUCGGUCGCCACCUGUGUGAAGCACUACAAUCAAAAGAUGCGUCUCGCACCGUAUCCCAAGCAUAUCUAUCAGAUGUUUUAGAGCCCGGUGGUAAGUUUAUUUUUCUUUUGGAACUCACAAGCAACUUCUUGCAAUCGCCUUCGGAGCAACAUUGGAAUAACCUUCGUCACAUCAUGAGUCAAGCGGAAAGUAUUUUGUGGGUGAGCUGCGGAGGUACUGUUGAUUGUCCAGAACCCAGUCAGGGUAUGAUCAGCGGUCUGGCUCGUAGCCUGAGAUCUGAAAAUCAUGAAAUGAAGUUUGUGACCCUCGAUCUUGACCCUCAGUCAGCUUCGGAUGUCCGGACGGCAGAAGACAUCUUACGUAUUUUCCGCGGCACCAUUGACUCUGUCACUCAUGAACAGCCUCUUUUGGAAUGGGAAUUUGCCAUCCGGGGGGGGAAGGUAUUGAUACCUCGCCUAGUUCACGACUCUCAAAUAGAAGACUACGUCCGGGACUCGAUAUCCCAAUAUCACCCUCGUCUAGAAGCCGAGGUGAAGCCAGACCGCGCCCUUGUGCUGAGGAUUGGCACCCCCGGGAUCUUAGACUCACUUUACUGGAUUGAUUCUCCUUCUCAUUCGCUAGCUCUCGAGCCUAAACAAAUUCGCCUCGAAAUGCACUACACCUCGUUGAAUUUCAAAGACCUAAUGGUUGCGAUGGGACAGUUACCUGGCAUCUCAACGCUAAUAUUCGAAGGCAGCGGCAUUGUGAAAGAAGUAGGUGAAGAUGUCCAAGGAAUUUAUACCCCUGGGCAAGCUGUUUAUGCUUUUCACCCACACGGACUAGCAACGACUAGCAACAUUGGCGUUGAGUACGUACAUCCCAUUCCGGAAGGUAUGGAUAUAGAGUCCGCUGCCGCCGUGCCAGUUGUGUAUGCAACAGCCCUUUAUGCCUUGCGGGAUGCUGCCCGUAUUCAACCCGGUGAAUCCGUCCUCAUCCACUCCGGCGCAGGUGCAGUGGGUCAGGCAGCAAUUGCACUGGCCCAAUAUUUUGGUGCCAGCGAGAUCUUUGUUACAGUCGGCAACCCGGAGAAGGCUGAAUUCAUAAAGCAGAAGUUUUCUAUCCCAGAUGAAAACAUAAUAUCUUCCCGCAGCACGGAUUUCAGCAAACAAGUUCGCCAUCGAACAAAUGGACGAGGGGUCGAUGUUGUGCUGAACUCACUUAGUGGAGACGCAAUUCGACAGAGCUGCAAUGCUCUCGCCUCGUUUGGUCGAUUUGUCGAGAUUGGCAAGAAAGAUAUUUUAUCGAACGCGCGACUUGAGAUGCGAAGCCUGGAAAAAAAUAUCACUUUCGCCGUUGUUGACCUGGCACUUCUCGCAUUAGAGCGCCCUAGCGUGGUCCAAGGCCUCGUCCAUACUUGCCUCGACCUUGUGCAUAGCUCAAAGACGACGCCUGUUUCACCCAUCGUGACAAAACCCAUCGGAGCGAUCGGCGACCACUUUCGCGAUAUGCAGGCUGGGAGGCACACAGGGAUGCUCUUAGUGCGUAUAAAGUCAAUGGGCAACAUGAUGGUACAACCUCCUCGGCCUAAGUUGGCUAAACUUCAGAGUGAUAGCUCUUACCUCAUUGUGGGCGGUACUGGAGAGGUUGGUCGUGCCACGGCCAAGUUUCUCGGACAACUUGGGGGGGGGCAUGUCAUUACGCUAUCCCGAUCUGGAGGAGACACAAAGAAAAUGAACACCCUCGCUGAAGAGUUGCGCAGGCUCAAUGUGGACUUGACGACUAUCAAAGGGGAUGUGGCUGACCCUGACACUAUGGCUAAAGUCCAAACCGCGAGUGGGAACCGGCCAUUGCGCGGUAUUAUACAUGCAGCAACACCCUCAACGUUGGGCGCCACGGUCAGCAAGAUGACUCGCAAAGAAUGGAUAACCAGCACCAGAACGAAAGUGACAGGAACAAUGAAUCUGACCCAGUAUUUCGGUGCUGAGCUUGACUUCCUCAUUCUCACCAGCAGCUUGAGUGGUAUCGUUGGUAUAUACGGAACCAGCAGCUAUUCUGCUGCAAAUACGUUCCAGGAUGCUUUUGCCCGGCACCAUGCCCUCCGCGGCCUCCCUGUCCGAUCAUUAGAUCUUGGAUUAAUUACUACCGGAGGAGUGGUUGCUGACCGACCAGACGCGGAGGAGGUGAUGAAGUUGCUAUUUAAGCAUGGGAUCCAGAUUACCACCAUGCAGGAGGUUCUGGCUCUGAUAAACUGCGCGAUUCAAGCUCCACCCGUGAAUGAUGCAGAUGAUGCGCAGAUAUUGUGCCGAGUACGACGAGUAGAUCCACAGUCCCACAUGGAUGAAGAAUCUGUCGAGCGCCCAGAUGCCCGCUUUUCUCACAUAUGGAUCAAUCCGGCACCCGGGGAAGCGCUUGACAGCCGAACACAAGCCCCUCCUGGAGUGCAACCAAUCUUGCGGGCUACCGCUGACCCUGUCGCAGCCAUCAAGUUUACACUCUUUGCAAUUAAAAGCAAACUUUCUCAACUUAUUGCCAUCCCAGAGACUGAGCUACAGGACGACCGGUCGAUUGCCAGCUAUGGAGUGGACUCUCUCAUCUCCGUUGAGCUCAGGAACUGGAUUGUCACACAGCUGGGUGCUCAUGUCCAGAUGAAGGAGAUCAUGAGCUCCAUACCAAUGGCACAGGUUGCGGAGAUGCUCGCUCGACGGUCAAGGUUCGUCAAGACGAGUAUUUUUGAAGGGAAAGAGGGUUCUAAGUAG